AUGGAACUCACCCGUAGGGAUGUGAUUCUCGCUUGCGUCGCGGUCUUCGUCGCAUGGGGCUUCGUCACCAAUUGGCUCCCGUCACUACGAUAUUUCCCUCACGCCUUCAUCGCAGGCAUCGCCGUCUCCAUAGCAGCCUUCGGUUACCUGGCCCUCUCAACCUCUCGUGGACAUGAUUCCCAUCUCAGGCGGUACAAGCGCACAACUCCGCGUCUGGCAUUUAUCACUGCGCCAAAAUGGUCGCAGGAAAUCAACUCUUUGAACAACAGGUUGCUGUACCGGCGAGAACCUCUUUACCCCCCUUCAUUCGUCAUAUCCGACCACCUUGACGGACUUCUCGACCUUCUGUUACGCGACUUCGUUGCAAGCUGGUAUGGCAGCAUCAGUGGGAGGCCGACAUUCAUAAAUGAAGUGGACCGAGCCAUACGGGCGGCUCUGGACAACAUUCGGGACAGGCUGUUGGCUGUCGACCUGGUGGAAAUUGUCAUUGCCAGAGCCGUGCCCUUAGUAACAGCUCAUAUGAGGGACUUCUAUGAGGCGGAGCGCAUUGUCCGUGGACGAAAGUUGUCGCGGGACGUGACCGAGUCAGAAGAGCUUGAUCUGGCGAUUGCUGGGAAAUAUCGGGACGGCAAACUGCAUCCUGCGGCUUCACUUACUUAUACCAACACCAAGGUCGUGCAGCAACAACAUUUGCGAAGCAUUGUAGCCCGGUUGAUGGCGCAAGUGCUUCCCCGCAAUAUGAGGACUAGCUCUGCCGUAAAUACCUUGAUAAAAGAGAUUGUUGCUUGCGCCGUACUAUUUCCGGUCAUGCAAAUGCUUUCCGAUCCGGAUACGUGGAACCAGCUUCUGGAGGGUUAUGGGCGCACACUUCUGCAAGAUAGGAAAACGGUCCGCAAACUUCGGGCGGCACUCGACGAACACGCGCCUUCUUCACCGAGUACGACUACAUUCCCACGAUUAGCACCUCACGACAGUGAGCGCAGAUUCGAGAGAUUCAUCCGUUCUAUGAGACAAUGCAAUUCCCUCACCGAUGCCCGCCGAUUCAGAAACGAAAUUGCAAGUCAACUCAAGAAAGAUGCUGCGGUAGAGGGGCAGGAUCCAUUGUACCUUCGUCGCCUCGAGACUGCCAAACGGAUUUUGGACCAAAGAGUUGCCCACCUGAGCUCUGGAGGCGCAGCUAAGCAAAAAGCAGCACCGCAAACUCCAGGAAGCCUCAUACGCUCUGAUUCUAGAGUGGAGACUGCCAACUUGCGCCAAGUGCUGUACGACUCUUCGGGUCUCUCGUAUUUCAUGGAAUUUAUGGACAGGCAAGGACUUAUGCGGCUUGUCCAAUUCUGGAUUGUGGUAGAUGGCUUUCGCAACCCAUUGGAAGAGGAUACGGAUGAACCAGAGGAUGAUGCCGGAUUCAAGCAUUCUUGGGGAAGCUCAGAGCGGGCCGACCUAGCCCAGAUUUAUGAGGCUUACAUCACAAAGCCGGAACUGGCAGUCCCAGGAGAAACGCGGCGAAUGGUGAGCGAGUUUCUGAAUGCCGGUAGGGCUGCUACCAGUUCACAAUACCUGGCAGCAAGGCGCGCUGUUUUGCAGGUGCAGACGUCGGUAUAUCAUGUCAUGCAGGAGCGUCACUUCCCCAAGUUCAAAAGAUCCGACCUCUUCUUCAAGUGGUUGGCGUCCGAUGAAGCUUCUUCCAUUGCCAAGAGUCCAUUAAAUGGACCGGAAAGGAGUGUCACUGUUCCGGCAUCCUCAGCUUCUCUUGCAAGACCGCCAAAUCUUUCUCGUACCUCAUCUACCAAAAGCACACUCCUAGGACCGGACCUUCGCAGAGCAGCAGUAUCAUCCUCGGAUCUCAAAAAUGUCAAGACAGCUGAGGUUGCUGCUCCUGCUCGGAGAUCUUUGGACGAUGGCGGACGUGCACCUCUUUUCGAUGAUGACUAUGACACCGAUCCGCUCGCACGCUCGACACAGAGCUUUGACUCCGAAAUGGAUAUCGCAAGAGCCAAUGGUGAUAACAGUCAGAUAGUAGACGCCAUGCAAGCCGCCUUGAACGAUAUUAUGGAUGCCGAGCCAGACAGAGAUUCGCUUUUCUCUGAUAGUGGCCCUAGGUCGAUCCAAGAUACUGAUUCCUUGAGGGGUUCUUUGGAGAUUUCUCGUUCAACUUCCCCUAAUCAUUCGAAAAGAGACAAAGAAAGGCCGAACAUCGCAUCGCUUGGCCUUGUAGGCGUUCCUUCAAACAGAGGUGUCUUCACAGAUAAUCUUUUCGGGGAUGAAGAAAAGUUCCUUGAAGACGAGCUGGAAGAUUCGGAUACCAAUGGCAAGGAUGAGGAAGACCAAAUCCAUGAAGCUGCGCCAGGCGACUUAGGUCUCGCUGAAGCGAUCGAUGCGCUGUCCCAGGAGAUUGACAGAUUGGUCAACCAAGAGUCUAUCGUUGAUUCUCUUACGAGAAAGGCCGAACUUACCAACAAUGCUGCGGAGUUAAGGAUUCUUAAGAAGUCAAAGGCGAGUCUACAACGGGAAAUACAUAGGAAAGAGCUUCAGCGGCAGCAGUAUGUUGUACAAGAGAGCGACAACAGUCUCUACGGCCGCGCCACGAUAUCAAUUCAGUCCAUCAUGGUUGGCAACGACGAGGAUGGGCGCGAGUUCGCAAUGUAUGUUAUCGAGGUACGCCGACAGGCAGGAGAACACAUGCCUGCUGCUGCCUGGGUAGUGGCCAGACGCUAUAGCGAGUUCCACGAGCUUAACAAACGGCUUCGAGCGCAAUAUCCCAUGGUUCGCAACCUGGACUUUCCACGCCGGCAGAUGGUUCUCAAACUGCAGAAGGAUUUCCUCCAGAAACGUCGGGUGGCCCUAGAGAGAUAUCUCCGAGAACUACUGCUGAUCCCAGCCAUAUGCCGAAGUCGUGAACUUCGCGCCUUCUUAUCGCAACAGACCAUCUCUUCUUCUGACCCCACGAACCCGCAGGCGGAUACUAGAGACUUCGUUGCGCGCAUUUACAGCUCUGUCACAGACGGAAUGGAAGAAUUUCUUGGAAAUAUUCCAGUGCUUGACCAGCUUUCAUUAGCAGGACAGAAUCUUAUUUCUGCCGCAACUAACCAGCUCAACAACGCUGGACCGUUGGGUAACGGCGGAAACAGCGCGCUGUCGAACGACCCCCAAACAGCCGCAGAAGCGGAGGCCGAAUUACGUGCGUAUGAAAGUCGCGAGCUUGAGCCGUUCAUCAAACCCAUUUGCGACCUUUUUCUGGAAUUGUUCGAGCUGAACCGCGAGAACAAUUGGUUAAGAGGGCGGGCUGUGGUUGUAGUUCUUCAUCAACUCCUCGGCGGCACGAUUGAGCGUAAAACCCGCGAAAACGUCAAAAUUUUCACACAAGAAGAUAAUAUGGCCAGAUAUAUCAGCAUGAUCAAGGACAAAAUGUGGCCAGGCGGCGGACCAAGGCCGCAGGCUGUGCCGAGAACUCCUGCGGAAAAGGCACGCAGCCAAAAGGAGGCCGGGCUGUUACUGGCCACACUGAUACCGGACUUGGCAGGCAGCGUGGUAGGCAGGGCGAAUGCACAAGCAGCCAGCAGAAGAAUACUCGCAACCCUAAAUAACCAGCGUUUAAACACCCAUCUUGUCUUUACAUUAAUGGACGAGGUUUUGCAGGUGAUCUUUGGGGCCUAG